AAUCAAAACGCUAUAUCUGAACUCGGCCUUGCCCUCUGUUCUGCAGUCAAUUUGUCAGCGUCAAUAACGAAGUUAACUAACUAAGGCCAGCUAGAAGAAAACGUGAGAAGAAAAGGAGUGCGCAAUGCAGGUGAAGAAUAUUCUGGGAAGUCUGUGGAUUUUUAUAUUAGUCCUCCCCAGUGGAAUCAGAGGAAAAUGCUCAACGCCUACCACCAGUGACCAUGUUGUUGUAUACGAUCCAUUUGGUAUCUUCACGGAGACCUUCGAGGCAGAAUCUGCUGUAGAACUGCGGUGCCAUCCUGGAUAUGAGCCUAAUGCUAGAAUUCCGCAUUGGUACACCUGUGGGGUUGAGGGGCAAUGGAUGCCUAACCCAGAAAAAUUCACCUGCAAAAAGUCCUGUGGCCACCCAGGUGAAGUGGCAAAUGGGUAUUAUGAAUUCCCCGAUGGAGCUCUCUUUGGGGCAACUGUCAGAGCAGUCUGCAAGACGGGGUACUUUACGAUUGGAGAAAACACAAGGACAUGCUUGGCAGAUGGACAGUGGGAUGGUAGAGACGCUGUUUGUGAAGUGGUGAGAUGUGGACCUCCACCAAUGAUCUCUAAUGGUCGACCUUUAAAUGAUCAAAAUGAGUAUGAAUAUGCCAAUGUUGUAGAAUAUGUUUGCAACAGUGACUACACCCUGCUUGGAGACAAUGACCUUGACAUUGUGUGCCUUGAAAAUGGCAACUGGUCUAAAGAACCUCGAUGCGUAGCGGUGAACUGCGACAGGCCAGAUGUCCCAAAUGCUAGACGUGUUGAUGGAGGAAGUGGGCCUUAUGGUUACAGGUCCACUCUCAGGUAUGAGUGCAACAUGGGAUAUAAGAUGACUUCUGAUACAGACAGAAUGGUCUGUUUGGAGCACGGAUGGUCCUCUAUUCCAAAAUGUAAAGCGGUGAACUGCAACAGGCCAGAUGUCCCAAAUGCUAGACGUGUUGUGGGAGGAAGUGGGCCUUAUGUUUACAGGUCCACUCUCAGGUAUGAGUGCAACGUGGGAUAUAAGAUGACUUCUGAUACAGACAGAAUGGUCUGUUUGGAGCACGGAUGGUCUUCUAUUCCAAAAUGUGAAGAUGAAUGCAGGAGUCCCCUGGGUAUGGAGUCCGGGAACAUCCCUGACAAGAGCCUGACGGCCUUCAGUACUUACAUUCCAAUGGUUGGUCCAGACUGGGAGCCCCGCUUGGCCCGUCUAAACAACAAGGGAAUAGUCAAUGCCUGGAUGGCAGAGACCAAUGACCAGUCGCAGUGGCUUCAGGUGGACCUGGGUAGCAAAAAGCAAGUCACAGGCAUCAUCACUCAGGGGGCAAACAAGUUAAUGGUCGCUCAGUACGUCUCGGCCUUCAAAGUGAAAUACAGCAAUGACAGUGACUCUUGGCAGGUGCUGAAGGAUCCCAAAACCAAAACAGACAAGAUAUUCAAAGGCAACGUGGACAACGACACGCCGAAGGGGAACAUGUUUGACCCUCCAUUUUACGCCCGCUUUGUGCGCUUCUGGCCGUGGGAGUGGAAGAACAGCAUCACCGUCCGCAUGGAGCUGCUGGGCUGUAGAGACAACUAGAGACAUCUCCUCUGCCCUCCUCCCUCUGGUCCUGCGCUAGAUUCACACAUAGACCACCACACACAGAGAGAGGGAAAGAGUUUCAAAGCUCAACAGUGUUAAUUCUGUCAGCAUCUUAGCAUAUCAUCUGAUGAAAAAUGCAGGGUGAAUGAUUCAUGCAUAUUUGCUGAAAGUGUCUGAUAUGCUAGGGUCAAUUAAAGGAAUACAUUCAGAUGUG